CUGUCCUCUUGUAGGUGGUCGGGGGGGCCUGGCUCUUCAGUCGACUCUACUGUAAUAUUUUCGUCACGCUGGAUGUGAUGAUGUGCACCGCCAGCAUCCUCAACCUGUGUGCUAUCAGCAUAGACAGGUACACAGCAGUGGUCAUGCCUGUACUGUACAACACCACACAUCGGUCGAGGAAGAGAGUGUUUGCAAUGAUCGCCACAGUCUGGGUCCUGGCCUUCGCGGUCUCCUGUCCUCUGCUGUUUGGCUUCAAUACCACAGAUGACCCUAUGGUAUGCUCCAUCUCCAACCCGGACUUUGUCAUCUAUUCAUCUGUGGUUUCGUUCUACCUGCCGUUCAUCGUCACCCUGCUGGUUUACAUCCGCAUCUACGUGUUCCUCAGGAUGCGCCGGAAGAGGAUUGCCUUCGGCCAGGUCAGCGGGAAGGUCCAGCCUGGCUCUGUCCCACCAUCUGUGGAGACCUGUCUACAAGAAGAGACUCCCAAGGCCAAGCAAGACCUGUCACCUAUCAGGAUUAAAGUGCAAAGUGUAGAGCCUCCACCUAAACCCAGCCUGCUGUCGGGAUGUCUGUGGCGCAAACGUCCCAAAACGGGGCCAGUGGAGAACUCUAUGCUGCCCCCAGUGGACACUCAGAACUACUGCAGCAUCAGUCACGCAUCAUGUGGCCGGACGGAGCUGGACCUCGAGCAGGAGCGCGAGGACAUAGAGGAGGAGGCAGACGACAGCACCCCCAAUGACAGGCCUCCGAUUCGCAUGAGCUGUGAGGUAAAGGACCUAUCCAACGGGCGCACGCACACAGCUCUCAGACCCACGUCCCACCUCAACAACCCCCGCUUCAGGAGCAUGCACGCCCGGGAGAAGAAGGCCACACAGAUGCUGGCUAUAGUGCUAGGGGUGUUUCUCAUCUGCUGGCUGCCCUUCUUUGUGACUCACAUCUUGAACACUCAUUGCCGGACUUGCUGGGUGCCUACCUCGCUCUACAGCGCCUUCACCUGGCUGGGCUACGUCAACAGUGCCCUGAACCCGGUCAUCUAUACCACCUUCAACAUCGAGUUCAGGCGCGCUUUCAUCAAGAUCCUGAGCUGCUGAAAAAAACACUGUGGGAUUAUUGAUCGCUGGACAAAAACUGACCAAGUGUGCAAUAAAAUACAUCAAACAGGGCUUCUCUACGGACAGUAUUAUUCCUUACAUGGUCUAACAGCACAAAGCAUGGACUUGUGGAUGUGUCGUGUACAAUAUGCUCAUUGGCAAACAUUCAGGGCGAUUUUCAGAUCAAUGCCCGGGGCGCUCUCAGCCCUCGAAAUUGGCCUUUAAAUCAGAUGGAUUGAUCCUGGAGUGGGAUCCCUUCAUCAGACAGAAGUCUCCCAUCAUUGCCAUGCUGCACUGGUGCAUGCACAAAUCACUGGGAACGGGUGGCAUUGGUCCCUCUUUCAUUUGGACUGUUUUGAAGAUUGUCAUAAUGUGUUGAUGUGGAGACAUUUGUACUCAUUGUGCGGUCAUUAGAAUUUAAACAUUGCCAUUUUGAUGUUGAGUGGAAAACAUGUCUGUAUUUUUCACGCAGACUGGCAGUUUAUUGGCAAAGUUAAAUGUGAUUUAGAGCUCAGGAGUUGACCUGUGAUCUUAAAUAAAGAUGAUUGUGAAGUGAGCAUUGCUCUGUCAUGGACAGACCAUUGCUGCAGUGUAUUGUAAAUAAAGAAGAGAUUAAAUGCC